AUGCGUUACUCCACCUCCGCAAUCACUCUCCUCGUCGCCUUCACCGGCUCCACUCUAGCGCAGCAGACGACUACAGCAGCAAGCACUGGCUCUUCCUCCACGAAGCAAUGCGCAGCCCAAAACAUCGUCGACGCCUGUCUUGAGUCCAUGAAGCCCCAGCUCGCCGCCUGCGGCCCCAACGAUUGGAAAUGCCUCUGUGACCAGAGCAUCAAUGUCCUGACAUGCUACAACAACUGCCCCGGACACCCCGACAGCUUCGGCGCCGAACAGACCAAAACGUCCUACUGCAAUGCGGCCCAGGCUUACUCCACUUCGAGCACUUCGACGGCCACCGGUACGGCAACCAAGACGUCGUCAGCGACCCAGACGGCGGAGACGGCGGCCACCACGACCACUACUUCGUCUGGAUUCUCGCCUACCCCGUCCACCGGUGCGGCUGCGGGAUUGGCUGUGGAGGGUGGAAGUUUGUUGGCUGCUGUCUUGGCUGGGUUUAUUGCCUUGUAG